AUGGCGUCCUCGAUAGAAACAGAUCCCUUCCUCCAGGUCCAAGCUGAUGUCCUCUCUGCUCUCAACAAUACCCGAUCCCUCUUCUCUUCCUACCUCCGCAUCCGCUCCAUAGCCACCACCCCCACCUCCCCAGAACUCGAGCAAGCACGCUCAGAGCUUGAAACAACCCUCCACGAUCUCUCCACAGAUCUGAAAGACCUCGUCGAAAGUGUGCGCGUUGUCGAGCACGAUCCAUAUCGCUACGGCCUUGAGUUGGAGGAGGUUGGCCGCCGGCGCCAGUUAGUUGAAGAUGUCGGGCGGGAGAUCGAUGGGAUGCGCGCGGAGCUAGUGCGGGUGGUUACCGCCAGUGCUUCUGCGACUGCUUCUGGUGCUUCUAGCGCUGUGAGGAGUAGGCAGGCUGGUGCUGGUGUUAGCGGACAAUCACUACCCAGUCCUUCACACUUCGAGCUCCACGGUGAUCAUUUACUCGGCGACGGCGAUCGGGAAGACUACUAUGCAGAAUUCGAGCAGCAGCGGCAGCAAGAGCUGAUGGUGGAGCAGGACCAGCAGCUUGACGGCGUGUUUCAGACGGUGGGGACCUUGCGGCGACAGGCGGAUGAUAUGGGUCGAGAGCUGGAGGAGCAGGUGGAGAUGCUGAAAGAGGUUGACACGCUGGCUGAUCGAGUUGGGGGCAAGUUGCAGAGUGGGGUUAGGAGGAUACCGCGUCAAGCUGCUGUAUAG